AUGGCACUCUUUCUGCUGCAGUUUCCAGGAAGCUUGGCCCCCGACGACCUUCUCUCCUGCAACUUUGUGGUGUUCCUCGGUUGCGCUUUGGACGACCCCACGUGGAAGGACGCAGCGGUUGACCUUCGUUGCGUGGGAGUAAGCCUUCUUUCGAAGCCAGAGGUGGAGCUGUGGCUGCAGUGUGGCGGCGACAUGGGCUUUCGCGACAGUUUUGGGACUGCACUGGUGGACUUGCUUAUCGAUGACGAGGCGAGGAAGUUUCUCGAAAGCGCCGAGCUUUCCCAAGAGCAGGCUGAGCUCGCGCCAGACUGGAGCUCAUGGGUGGUUUGUGCAGUUGCUCUUCUUGCAGCAGUAGCUGCUGUGGCCCUGGAACGGGCAGCCGCUAAACGAUGCGGAGUGGACGCAGGCUGUGACGAAGAUGUAUACCAGGAAGGGGCCAAACGCAUGGUGGCAAGGGCAUUUGCAAGAUGUGUUUGGUUUUCUUUUCUCUGGCGCCUUCUUGAGGUCAUUGUGGCACGGCUGUGGUAUGGUGGCGCCGUGGCCAACUUUGAUCCGAGGUUCUGGUUUCCGCUGGCGACGUUCUUCUACUUGGCACCAGCCAUUGCAAUCUAUGGGCCCAAGAAGCUCCUGCAGCACCCAGUCCUGGUACUUGCAUCAAGCAGUCCUGCAGCCUAUGUCGCGGCCCUUGUGCGCGCGCUUGUGCUGGAAGGGCUGCAUCUCGUGGCUGUAUUUUACCUGUGGGCUCUCCCCGGUGUUGACCAUCAGAUGCUGGAGGGACUGUUGUCGCCUGGGUUGAACCAAAACCUUCUUGAGUUGGGCUCAAGGGUGCACAACGUGUGGAAGGACACGCACAACAGCCUGCAGAGCCACUGGCUCUUUCAGUGGGCAGGGCCUGUAACACCCUUCGAGUUUUGGGAGUUCGACAAUCAUUCAGCCAUGGCCUGUGUUUUCCUGUUGGUUUUCCUCUUGUCUUUGCAUCUCGUCGGGGGGCUCCUGCGAUUCUGCCUGCCGCGAACUUCGCAGAAUUGGCAGAGUUGCGGCGGAAAGGCGCAGGUUGUCGACAUGCAGCAGGCAGCCACAGAGCUCCUCAAACUUCAACCAGGACAGUUCGCUGAGGUGAGCCAGGGGAUCAAGCCAGUCCGAGGUUUUUCCUGGCUUGGGGGCGGGCUUUAUGUCAAGCUGCUCGUCAUGCUCCUUGAUGUGGGCUUGGACAUCAACACCAUCCUUGUCUUCCUGUCUGGGAAGCAGUACGUCGUUGCUGGCCUUGUGGCGUUCGUGAUAGCUCGUAUAACGCAGAUGUACAUCCUGAAGCCGUGGAACCUGUUGCAGGCAGUCAAGGACAGCGUGGCGCGAGGCAUCCUGCGCCGAGAUCUCCUUCACUUCAUGGAAGAAGAACAGCGAUCCGAGGCCUUCUUUUGCGCAAUUUUCACGGGCUACUCCCUUUUUUUCGUUGUCACCGCCGGCGAGAUGCUUAUCCAGUAUGUGAGCUUGUGGAUGAGCUUGAUUUCUUUCGCCAGCUACAUGGUUCAAGUUUGCGACCUCGACUUCCACCUCUCGCUAGCACUGGCACUGAUGCACCACAAGAACCCGGCAGCGCCGACGUAG